AGGUUGAGGGGACGGUGUGUGGGCAUAUAGUAUCUGGACGUGGUGGUGUGAGGGUAGGGCGGCCCCUCCUGUGCCAAGUAUACAAGGAUAAGGCGCCUUUCUCUCCCUCUAUACACCUCAGCUAAUACCUCCUGCAAUAAAAUAAAACAAGAAACAAAGUGAUAAAUAAUAAAUAUAAGUGGCGAAAUAAGAAAGAAGUGACGAAAAAGGAAGAAAAAUAGUGACUGGAGGAAUAGGCAGCGCUACAAUUAAGAGCAUAUUAGCGAGAGUAAUUGGUUGCCUGAGUGAGGGAAAUGACUGUGGGAAUUUAAGCAGCUGGGAAGGCAAGGGGGAGGAGGAGGAGGGAGGUGCCGUGGUGCAGAUAUUGAAAAAUACUUUUACUGGCGCCCCGAGGAAGGUCCUGGCGAGACAUAUUGUGUUGUGCUGUGAUUGUUCCCUUAUUGAUACUGCAAACAUAUCAUAUUUAAGUCUUCGUGUUAUGUGCUGUUACUCUGUUGUAUCUAAAUGAACAAAACGCAACGUAUUUGUUAAUCACUAAAGAUGUGAAGUUAUUUUAUUAAUAGUUGAAGAACACGACAGGUGUGAAAUUAAGUGUUCAGUACUAGUAGAAUAAGACAGGUGUGAGAGACGUGUUGACCAUGUGCGGUGCAGGUGAGGAACACGUGCUGUACACCGGUCACAACACACCUACAGCCCAAGACACCCUGCCCCACAUAUGACGUGUAAACAGCUGUUGGCUAUAGCGUGUGUACACCGCGUGUCUCACUCUCCUCACGGGCUAACUAGCGUCCUCUCUGAGGUUCCGAGCCAUUAAAAGUUGUGUGAGUGUUUAUAGAUCAAGUUCAACAUUUUCUCAGUGAGUUCAGAUACAAAUAGUGCUACAAUUGUUUCUGUUCUGCGACGCUUUAAAUAAGUUACUCUCGAGUGUUCUUCUGUUAAGUCUUGUUUAUCUUACACCCGGCACCAUGCCUGUGUCUCCGUACUACGGCCAGGGCGGCUAUGUCAACCGCAACUACACCAGGGCCAACAGCGGCAGCAGCUACGUGCCCAUGAUGGACUGCAUUAAGUACUCCUCGUCAGACACCAGAGGCACAACGGGCAACACCCCAGACGACAGCCCAUCUAAUUACUUCAGGUCCAAGUACAUUAUACCUGAAGAUGGUCCUGCUUCUAGCUACUUGGCCCCUAAAUAUACACCAGCAUCUAGAAGUGGUUAUAAUCUGUCGAGGUUCAGAUCUACCGACAAUGUGCCAGACUCUAGCAGUUUACUCGAGGACAGUAGGAUUAAAAAGUCUCCCUCAUCGUCGAGCGUCUUUACCGGAAACACGGCUGCUCUCAGGAAGACUUUCAACGGACAAGAUGUUGUUACUUCCACAGCACCUUACACGAACUCCAUUCCCAAGUAUUCCGACUAUAGUCUUAGCUCGCCAAAGGACAACAAACUUACCGGCUACAGACUACCGGAGGAACGAAAGUUUGCGGGAAAGUAUGGCCGCGAGUCCAGUUACGCCAGUCAAUACUUAGCAAGAAUAAACAUGAGUAGAGAUGUUCGACCCAAGGAGAUAGAUACGAGGGACAUAAACACGACAGAAAAACCCGUCAAUGCUAAAUGGCAGAAGACCGAUCCUGCGAAGGACAACGAGGGUCUCAUCUCUAGGAAUCGACAGGUUGUUCGUCUGACGAUCAAAAGAGAGAAGAAUGAACAACAGGACCCUUUCGUCAUCAAAAAUAGAACUCUCAAUACCAUUGCCCAAAGACUCAUCGAAAAAUAUCAGGUGGCGGAGAAGAAGCCAGAACCAUCAGGGUAUCAACCCAUGAAGAGAAGAUUCUACCAGGACCCGCCCAAAGACGAAACUCUGGAGACGAAACUAACAGGUCGUCCUCCACUUCCAAGUUCCUCUGCUGUUUCUAAGACCACCUCAAGUGACGUGCCGAAAGACACACCAAUUUCCAAGGCCUCUCCUAAGAAAUCUACAGAGGCUCCCGAAGAAAUAAAAACUGUCCCAUGUUCACCAGAGGGAGAGGGGGAGGUAGGCGCGGCUACGAUACUUCAGCGGGCGACGGCAACGGCGGAGACUAAGAAGGAACUUCAGAGUUGGGAGGAAGUGAAGGACGCCAUUUACGCGGCCGUCCUGCAUCCUGAUGUUGACAUAGAAUCUGACGAAGAGAUGGAAAAGCUGAUAAAGGGAGAUGCAGCGAGUCCUGAGAGCUCCAUCAAAGGUAAAGGUACGAGUGAAGAAGACAACGCUUCAUCUGAUGUGGGAAAAGGACAGGCAAUCGUCGGCCAACUGAAGAGGUUCGUGAAACUACAGGAGUCAGUCAAGUGUCCGAAUAAGAAGAGAUCAUCAGUGAAAGAUUCUCGUAGGUCAAAGAAAUCAAGAAAAAGUAAAGAUAAGAAUAAUAAGGACAUUGUGGAUAAAGCGGCGGAAAAAGACAAAGGAGAAGAGAGAGAAAACACAUCGCUCUUGACUGGUGACCUCGUGUCGGGUGAGGCAAGGACAGACAUCAACACAGACACAAAAGAAAAACUUCUACAACCACCAACGACGAUGGAUAAUGAGAUCUACAAUAAGGAAAAUAAAGAAAAAAAUGAUAUAGACAAGACACAGAGUACGAGGAAGAAAGAGGAGACAGAGAUUAGCGUGAAAGAGAAGAAAAUCACGAAGCUAGACGAGAAGACGAACACACGGGACAGAAGCUCUUUACUCUCAGCUAAUCUGGUGUUGAGGAGUGUGGCGUCGGAGGACAGAGAAAACACCAAAAUUAAGACACAGAUAAAAACGGAUAAAACAGAAUCAGAGAAGACAAAGUCUGAAAUUGAAGUAAAUAGUCCCAAGACACAAGGGUACGAUACACUUCCCCUAAAACUCAAGAAAAAGAAAGGGAAUAGCUCACUUCUAUCACCAGAUCUUGUACUGAAUAAAAAGAUUCCAGAUGAUAAAGUGAGAAAAAUUAAGUCCAUAUGUACGACUGACCAAACAGAACCGGAAAACAAAGAACCGCAAGUUGAAAAAGGUGGACAAAAAUCGAUAAAUGAUGGAAUGGAACAAGAGUCAAUAAGAGAUAACAAGAAGGAGAAAUCAAAUGAAAAUGAAGAACAAGCAAUAGAAGAUGAAAAGGAACAAACAAUAAUUAAAGUUAUCUCAAAGUUCGAUAAGAAAGGUAAAAAUUCUCUAUUGUCAGACGAACUUGUAUUAAAAAGUGUGACGUCGGAGGAAAUUAAAACAACAAAAGAACAAACAGAAGCAAUUAAAGUAAAAACUAAAACGUUGGAAGGCGAAGGAGGUGAAAAGAACGAAGCUAAAGAUAAAGAGGAACAAUUGAGAGAGACCCUAAGUACAAAGAUUCCCCAAAUUAAGAAGAAAGUCAAGAAACAGACAGCGAUCGAGGAGGACUCUCUUCAGGAAGUCCCACAACUGAGGGUCUUCUCUCAAGCGGGUGCUCCAUCACGGUCAACCCCCGAGAGACAGUCCACCGCUCAGGAAAAAGUCUCCAAAUCUCAAGAACUCCCCCACGACCUAGACGUCUCGAGUGAGGUAAACAAAAACCUCAACAGCAAAACAUCUACGACGAAUUCAGCCCAAACUUACGACCAUCAACCAAAGAUGACAGGCGUUGAGAUCAUAAAGUCAAUACUGGAUAAAGAAGCGAAAGCCAGAGAAGCUGAAGAAUCCUCAGCUCGUGAUAAAAAUGAGGGAAUAACGGGAGGAAAGUCUUCAAGUGACGUCUCAGUUGAAUUAGGGACAAGUACGAUAUCUGAAGCACCUUACUUCACUUGGCGCCACAAGGGUGAGAAAGCCGUCACGGAGGAGUGUAGGAAAGAUAUCACAGACACAGUCAAGAGUCCUCAAGAAAUUUACUCCACAGUCUGCAGGAGCGAAGAUAACGAGAAGAUACAAAGAGAAAAAACUAAUGAACAAGUACGAGAGAAACCACAAGAGCUGAAACAAGAGGAGAGAGAUAAGACGAAGAAGAUUCCGUUUACAGUAAAAUUACCAGAACAAACCCCAACUAACAAGAGUGAGGAGGAGAAGGAAAUAAGCAAAACUACUAAACCGUCUGGAAUACCGAGAUGGAAAAUCGAAGCAACAGCUCAAGUAGAAACUCAUAAACUAAUCGAAUUAAAACAAAGACAAAACGAAACAAAAGACAAGACGACGAUGGACAAAGGAGCAGAUAAUAAGAAUAAACAGACAGAAAUAACGGAAGAUGGGCAAGAAAAACAAGAAGUUAUUAGCGUUAAGGCAAAACAAGAACAGAUUCUCAAGCAUAACGAGGUGAAGAAGGAGGCGGAGGACUCACAGGAUGCAUUACUGGUGAAGAAAGCCAUCAAAAGACCUCGUCAGAUUGCACCACCUCCUGCGCCUGAGAAGCCCAUCGGUAAUGAGCUCCUUAAGGCACGGAAUAUACUAAAGAGACCCGUCAAGCAGAACGCAAUUACGUCUCCUGCUGAUAAUAACAAACAAGACCAAGCAAAUACUACAGGGGUUCAGGCUAAGAAGAUCUGGAAAAAAGAAGUUGCUCAUUUAGUUCCCCCAAAUCAGGGCAACCAGUUUCUUCAGGCUAGAAACGUCCUCAAGAAAGUGGUCAAGGUAGAGAAAGUAGAGAACAAAGAAGAGACCGUCCCUGAAGUUAUUAAACCCAAGAAAGUUUUGAAGAAGCCUGUGCAGACCAAAGAACCAGACGCAGAGACCGAGACUACCCAGGAGACCAGAGGACGUCCCCUCAGGAAACAAAGACCUAACCGCUCUAGAUCAGGUUCCUCUUCCUCUUCAGACGACGGCAGCACAGUGAGGAAGAAAGCCGAGAAACCCAAGCGGCUCAUGAAACCAAAACCACAGGGAGCUGAGAAAACACCAACACCAAGCCCUAAGACCUCGGCUCCUGGUUCACCCAAGACGAGAGGAUCUGUUGAGGCUUCCACCGGCGUGACGGAGACUCAAGAUGGUAACAACGUACAGAAGCCUUCAAGUACAAAGGACACAGCGGGUUCGACAGGACAGGAUCCGAAACUGAGUGCCUGUCAGUCUGCGGAUUCCGGGUACGGCUCCAGUCCCAGCACCCCGCAACCCACCCCCACCGUGCCUGAGGUCAAGGAUGAAGAGACAUGCAGUAUGUGUGGCGCCAACUGUCAUAAGAAAUGCGAGAAGCAGAUGCCUAACUUAUGUGGAGUCAACCAGAAAUUACUGGCCGAGGCGCUUUCCUCUGUCAAGAAGGGCGGUAGCACUGACGGCAGCCCUCGCACCCUGGCCUCCCCUAGCAAGCCCUCGUCCUCGGUGUGUGGCUCUGAGGGCGAGACAACGGAGGAGGAGACGGACACCACGGACACCGACAGCAGCACCGAUUACUUUGGUUUGCCAGAGAUCAGACCUCCUCUCCAGACGUGUCCCAAGUUUAAAAAAUAUAACGUUGAGGACUUCGACUUUAUCAAGGUCCUCGGGAAGGGCAGUUAUGGGAAGGUGAUGUUGGCGCAGCAGAAGAACUCGGAGAAUUACUUCGCCGUCAAGUGCCUGAAGAAGGACGUGGUGCUGGAGGACAACGACGUGGAGUGUACGCUCAUCGAGAGGAAAGUGUUGAGUUUAGGCACCAAACAUCCAUACCUCUGCCACCUCUUCUGCACCUUCCAGACUCCAUCACACUUGUUCUUCGUGAUGGAGUACCUCACUGGCGGGGACCUCAUGUUCCAUAUACAACACUGUGGACGAUUUGACGAGUUCCGGGCCUGCUUCUACGCCGCCGAGAUCACCUCUGGCCUCAAGUUUCUCCACAGCAAGGGGAUUAUCUACAGAGAUCUUAAGCUGGACAACAUACUGCUAGACUACCAAGGUCACAUCAGGAUCGCAGACUUCGGCAUGUGUAAACUACAAGUGUAUCUUGACCGCUACGCCGACACCUUCUGUGGCACCCCAGACUAUAUGGCACCAGAGGUGAUCAAAGGUCAACACUACAACCAAUGUGUAGACUGGUGGAGCUUCGGGGUGCUGCUGUACGAGAUGCUCACUGGCAAGUCCCCCUUCAAAGGCUGCGACGAGGACCACCUCUUCUGGCUCAUCUGUAACGACGAGCCCUUCUUCCCCAAGUUCCUCUCCAAGGAGGCCUCCAACAUCCUGAAGCAGCUACUGGACAAGGACAGCAACAAGCGGCUCGGUAUUCCUUUCAGCCCGUACGGAGAAAUCAAGGUCCAUCCCUUCUUUAAGUACAUCGAUUGGAACAAGAUUGAGAGGAAGGAGGUAGAGACGCCUUAUAAACCCAGAUUGCGUCAUAUCCUGGACGUACAGUAUUUCGACCCACUCUUCACUAAGCGUCAAGCAGCCAUCACGCCCCUGGACGAGAGCAUCUUGGCCACCAUGGACCAGGCGGCGUUCAAGGAGUUCUCUUACACCAACCCCAACAUCACCGACUGAUCCCCCACACCUCCAGCCCACGUAGGGGAAACUUUGACAAGAUUUACCUACGGAAGAUGCGGCUUUUCCCUUCCGACUUUUCCAGAUGUCGAGAAUAUAUCUUAUUUGUUUCUUGUAGACAUGGAACAGGGAAGGAAGGUUUAGUCUCUCUUCCGUCUUGUCCAGAUAUAGAGAAAUUAUAUAUAUAUAUAUAUUUUUUCUUCAUCUGGGCAUGGAACAGGAAUGGUGUUUGUCUCUUCCGGAUGUUAUGAAUAUGUUUAUAAUUUUUUUCCAAGACGAGGAACAAGUCACGUGACGUUCUCUGUUCAGUUAUUUCAUCGUCUUUUCUGAAUGAUGAUCUUUUAUCUUUUUUUUUAGUUAAGAUGGAAUGGAAAUUGCUGGGUUCCCUCCAGCUUUUUUCUCGGAUCAUGAAAAUGUUUACUUUCAUAUUCAGAACCGAAGUAGAACGACACUUCCUGGUACUCCCGGGAAGUUGUUGACCACUGAUGGGAAAUGACAGAAUUACAAGGAGGCUAGAGUACUAUUUCUUGAGUAAUAUAUAUUUUUUUUUUACCUCUUGAUGCUUCAUACGUUCACUAAUUGGACUUGACCACAGGUAAUAGAAGAGUGAUUAUGGCAGAAUGCUCCUGACAAUACCUCGUGUUAUUACUGAUGAGCUGUGGACCAACACACAUUGCACUGUCUCGUCAAUCACCAGAUCAAAAAAAAAAAAAGGGAAAAAGUGCUUGUAAAUUCAGAUGAUCAUUACAGUAACUAACUAACCACAAAAUGCAAAAUACAGGAACUAAUAAGACGUUUUAGUUCUAAUGUUUAUAAUGAUGUUAUUUUAGCACCUCAAUAAUGAUGUAAUAAUAGUGUUACAAAGAGUGGAUAAUGAUAUAGACUCAGUUCUUAGCGGUGGCUACAUGUACGAACCCUGAACAAAAAGACUGAGUAAAGUGAUUGAAUCUCUCGUCUUGUCCUCUAAUAUAUUUUUCCUCCUUAGAUGAGGAAAAACACAAACUUCCUGGACAACUAAGAUCAAUAUUGCCCCCCCCCCCAAAAUAAAUAAAAACUUGACUCUCAUUAAUGAAAGUCCAUUACGUCUCUCUAAACCACCAAUAACACCAAUAACAAUCACUUAUUUAGCCCCUGUAAGUCCCAUGAAAUUGCAAGAGAUAUUUAAGAAUUCGGAGCAGGACUGUGAGGUGACUUACUGGGGUGGGUGAGAAUCCUGGAUGGAGAAGUUAAAUGGACUGUCGGUGUAAGUGGAUGCGGAGGCCACACAUAGGAUUUACCUGUGCUAUUUUAUAACGAGUCAGGCUACCAACUCUCUCUCUCUCUCUCUCUCUCUCUCUCUCUCUCUCUCUCUCUCUCUCUCUCUCUUUUUUUCUUCUAUCUUUCACCUCAAGUAUUUUAUUUUGUAAUUGAAGAAAAAAAUAUUGUGUCUUCGUUAAACGUUAUAUUUAUUAUGAAUAUUGGCUAGUUUAACAGACGUGAAACCGGAUUUAAAAAAAAUAUACCAAUCCUAUAAGCGACUUGUACAAUGUGUCAAGAAUGUCCUCCUGUGAACUGAUGCUGUACAUGCACGCUUUAUAUUUACGCUUAGGAUGGACCUUAUUAUUUCAUGUGUUAUUUAAGUCAUCAAAAAAAAAUACAUUAAAAAUUUCGUAGCUUCGUCUUCACUAGCGGCUCACAUGUACCCCGACGCGACGCUUCGCUCUUCGGGGGACUAAUGUAUGUGAGAAACGACUAGGGGGAGUUCUCUCUUUCCUAGGAGGAUUGACAAGAGACAGAUGACCAGUGUAGCCCGGGUGACUGGAGGUCUGGUACACCCCAGCUCACCUCAGGCUUAUUCGCCAACUCAACACCUGGAUGAGUCAACCCCGUGAGGUAAUAAUUAAUUAAAAACGCGGAGAUACUUUCUCCUUUUCGGUUUCCUGGUUGUAUCUUCGUCAUUUCCUGAGUCUCGUCAACACCAGUGGACGGAAGCUCAUUUCCUACGUCAACCUUCGGCAGGUUUUGUAUUCGACGAUGUAUUAUGUUAGACGAAACUAGAGACACAGACACAAUAGAAUCGGUCUACUGGCCAAGCAACUCUUUCUUAAGAAGUUUAUUCUUCCCUCUGUCUACUGGAGGUCUAUAUUUUUGUUCCUUAACCCGACCAAGACGGCAGCGGGCUGCGGAGAUCAAGAAUUUGUCUUGGUACCUUUGAUUUUUUUCUCGACUUUUAGAUUGUAUGAAGACAAUCUCUGGCGGUGAUAUUGUGCAUUAUUCUUCUAUAGUGGUUUCUGUACACUCGAGAACACUGCUUGACUUCCGUGUCGUCAAGCGCUCGGGUACCUUGUGACUCUACUGAUGUACACAUGUAGUUUAUGUAUGACGUAAUAUGAGUACAUUUUCAUGAUA